UUCUCUUGAUUUAUAUUUGACAAAAAUGAGAGAACAGGCUAACUGUAAUGCACCUCAUCAGAACAUUAGGUCUAUAAGUCUAUAUCAGUGACCCACCUUACUGCUCUGCUCUGCUCUACUGUGUGUACUUGUGCGUAGAUCUACAAUCGGGUAUGCCUCCUUACCUCUUCUUCUUCUUAUUCAACCAAUCUUCGGUUCAUUCGAGAUGAUCUUCUUCUUUGUGUUGUAAAUUACCCGACUCUUAUAGAUGUAAAAUGCAAGGUGGAGUUAGAGCGAUCCUAUCCCAUGGGAAUAUCCUCAAGAAUGCAGUUCUGCAACACAUUCGUUGGGUGAAUCCAGUCAUGCAUCCUCUUCUAUUUGUGCGCCAUGAAUCAGUUUCAUCUGCUCGUAUGGAAGAACAUGGUUUCGAAAGCACCACGAUUUCAGACGUUCUGAAUGCCAAAGGGAAAAGUGCAGAUGGUUCCUGGCUUUGGUGCACUACAGAUGACACUGUUUAUGAAGCUGUGAAAUCUAUGACACAACACAAUGUUGGAGCCUUGGUGGUCGUGAAACCUGGAGAGCAAAAAUCGAUUGCUGGAAUUAUUACAGAGAGAGAUUAUCUCAGGAAGAUCAUAGUACAGGGAAGAUCAUCCAAGUCAACCAAGGUUGGAGACAUUAUGACUGAAGAGAACAAACUUAUUACAGUCACACCUGACACCAAAGUUCUGAAGGCAAUGCAGUUAAUGACAGAUAACCGCAUCAGGCACAUUCCAGUGAUCGAUAACCGGGGAAUGAUAGGCAUGGUGUCCAUAGGGGAUGUAGUUCGUGCUGUGGUGACUGAGCAUCGAGAUGAGUUAAACCGCUUGAAUGCAUUUAUCCACGGGGGUUACUAGAUGAUGACGACAACGAUGACAGUAAGCUGUUGAGCUGCUGGCCAAUACUUACUGUCAGAACACCUCUAAGCUGAGUUCUUGUAAAUAAUGUGUUGUUUGCAUAUCCUGCUAUGCGACGAUACGUGCCUCCUAAUCCUGAUAUAAUAUAAUGUCAGAAUCAGCUUAUGGACUGAGAGGUUGAUAAUAAUCACUAAAAAGGCACUUGAAACUUGUUUCUUCAAACUUUGAUGUUCAUGUACAAAGUAGGUUACCCAAUGAUAACAUGGCAUUGUGGUUAUUGAAUUGUUUGGUAACCCUAUUAUCAAAUUUUAAGGCCAACAAUGGUUCCAAGUCUUAAAUAUAAGGGGUUAUAACUUAUAAGCAUUAUGUUAUCACUUUGUU